AUGGGUGGGUCAGCAUUCAUCAACCUCCAGGUACAGCGGUAUGUUGGCUUCCAGAAGAUGCUUCUGCUCCGAAUGCCCUGUACGAAUGCCUACACGGGUACACGGAAAAUAUGCGAUUAA